AUGAGUGACAAUGACCUGAAAACUCACCCGUUGGUCGUGUUGGUUUCUGAUAACGGAGAACCCUCACUGUCAGCGACUGUGUCUAUUGAUGUAGUGGUGAUUGAAAGUACAGGUGAAAUCCAGACUCAAUUCAGAAAUGUGCCGAGAAAGGAGGAGAGCUUCUCUGAUUUAAACCUGUAUUUGCUGAUCGCCAUUGCCUCGGUGUCAGUGAUAUUUUUACUGAGCCUCAUCAGUUUAAUAGCUGUAAAAUGCCACAGGACAGACGACAGUUUCAGAAGGUACAGCGCCCCAAUGAUCACCACACACCCUGACGGGAGCUGGUCCUACUCUAAAUCUACUCAGCAGUAUGACGUGUGUUUCAGUUCAGACACAAUGAAGAGUGACGUAGUGGUUUUCCCCGCUCCAUAUCCACCUGCAGAUGCAGAACUGAUCAGUAUUAACGGAAAUGACACGUUAAACAGGACUCAGACAUUACCCAACAAAGAGAAGGUAAGAACUGUAGUUUUAACACAGAAAUCAGUUUUCCUUCUAUCCUUUAUUAAACUUUUUUUGUUGCUUUGUUGUGAUUUUCAAUGUCUUUGGUUAACGUUGUUAUUCACUUCGUUAUCUUAUUUGAAUGAACAGUGAAAUAAUAGACAUAUCACUGCCUAUAUAAGAUAUAAAACAUGCUUUCUAUUUUCCCACUUUGAAGAGAAACUUGGACGCGCUGUCUAUGGUGCUGAAACGUUUCACCCUCUUUUGCCGUUUGUUGGAACUAUAAUUUAGCAGAAGAGCUGAGGGGUAUCCUAUGAAGCAAGCUAGAUCUACUCAGGGUUUUCUAAAGCUAACCAGAUUCAGUUAGCUUCACAUUCCAGCUCAGUCUUCAUCUGUACUAGGACGGUCGGUAUUGCUGGUCCGCCUGCUGCUAAUUGUAGCAGGCUUGUAACUGCGCGUGCAUAUCGCACAAGGCUAGUCGAACGCCGAACUCUUCAUUGAGACAAUGCUGAAACAUCAAUCCAUGGGCGAGUCAGAGCCACAUUUUCAUUUUUGCCGAAAUCAAAAUGAAAGAAAAGGUCAAAUUCAGCAGGCUAUGGUGUGAAAUAUGCUUUUUUUUUUUUAACCGUCUUUAUUUUAUUACUUUAAAUAAGUUAAUGACGACUUUGGUGUGCUUAUCAAUGCACAACCACAAGCACCUUUUUUUCGCACUCAUAAAAUAAUUGUAAUUAAGUCAUACAAAAGCGUUACUAGCUAGGUUUCCAUCCAAUUUGUGACUGAUUUUCAUGCGAAAAUUCUAAAAUCUGCAUAAAACAAUAUGAGCGUUUUCCCACUAGAUAUGUGUUUCCAUCAAACUGACUUUUUGCGGAUAAAAAAGGCUGUGCGUAAUAAUGUAGUGCACAUAAAAAUAUAUUUUACUGUUAAAUUCCCAUGUCCCGAAUGAAAAAUACAACCCCCUAGAGUCCAAGCCCUGUCUAAGCCGGGGGAGGGGGACUGAACAAACGCAUUGAAUGACAGAUGCACUACACGGAACAACAAAUAUGCCCCCAAAAAUCAAAAGGAAGUUUGUUCUGAAGUGUCUGUCGAAUAUAUCUGAGAGAUAUAAGAAAUCAGGAAAAAAAUAUAUAUGUAUAUAUUUUUUAACAUAUAUUUAUCCCCUUAUUUUGGGCCCUAAACAGUCUCCAUAUUUACUUCUAUUAAUUUUUUCAACUGGUACCUGGGGACCUUCAGACGAGUCUUGUGAGGCCUGUGGGCGUCCUAGAGCAAAAUCACCGACAUGUACGUGUUCAUGAGUCUCACCUUUGCACAGAGGGUUAGUGUCUAGGCCAAACAGUUGAGAGGCUACAGACAGAAGUUGGCAGAUCGGCUAUACCGAUUUCAGACUAUUCUCCUGACACUUGUGGAGGACGUAGAGCACCAUCGUGUUCGUUAGAGUCUCAUCUUUCUAUAGAGGGGUCAUAUAAUAGUUUUUCGGCCAAACCGUUCGGACUCUACCGAGGAUUUUGUGAGAAGACCGAUUUCCGUGAUGUCUCAUGGUGACAUUCUCGCACUCAAUUCGUGCAAAUAUGUACAAAAAGUAUUUCAGCAGAUUUACCAUUGCCCAAAAUACAUUGCUCAAAUAACUUUCAAAAGAUUGUUCUGAAGUUUGCCCCCCAAAAACAUAUUUUCCUAUGAAUGAAGUCGCACAAAAAUGUGUAUUUUACUACUAAUUAAGUCGCACAUAAAUUUGUGUCUUUUCACACGAAUUAAGCCACACAAAAACGCACAAAAACGCACGAAAUCUGCUGAAAUACUUUUUGUACAUAUUUGAAGAAUCUCAAAGCGCUUCAAAAGCAAAAAGCAAACAAGCAAUACAACAUCAUGAGUAGCCUAGCUAUAGUUAGCUCAACCAAUAGAGGCCAAGUCUUUGAGUGCAUGCGAGGGACAGUUCAUGGCUUGAUCAGGAAGGUGGUCAGUGAGAUGGUUGAUGAAUAGUCUAGUUACGAUCUUGUAGAGGGCUACUGUGGGAACCAGCCUGAGUCGUGUAGCUACUGGACUUCUCCUUCACAAUGUGUAAUGUAAUGAAAUGGUUGGAUGGAAACGUGGUUAGUGUGCGUGAAGUUUAAAAUCCAUUCUGUCAUUACUAAAUGUGUAUUGUGAUAUAUUUUAACAUUACUAUUUUUUAACAGAAAAAAAAACAAACAUUUGAUUUAUAAAAUAUUUAAUCAGUCGUCUUCCUCAAAGAAGGGGAUGAUGACGCAAUCUUUGCGAGAGGGAGGGAACCUGAUUUCAUUGGUCCUCGACUCGCGGCUCAGUCAUUUCAUUCAGGGGAAGUGGAGUUAGCCGUGAGUUAGCCUGCCCCGGAGCAGGUUAGAUCUGAAGGAUUCGUUGCCAUAUAAAUGUACCUGGCUAAAAGGUGAGCCACUUUCGUAUGACCGGUUAUCCCGAGUUGAACUCAGAGUUUGCCAAAGUUACCUCAUCAACUCCUCAAACCUGCUUCGUAGAAUACCCCUCUGAGCGCUGUUUCGUCUCGGUAUUUUCAGUAAAUCUUGCCGUAUAAGUAGAAUUUACACAAGUGUUAAAUAAGGCUAUAUUGUUCCCAUAAUGCUUAUAUUUGUGAAUGGGUGUCAUGGAAUAAUGUGGUUUUCUAAAGUGGUGUACGCUCCAAUAUUACCAAGUGGCGUCACUGUUGACCACGGCAUUGAGAUAUUAUAUUCGAGUCUCGAGUCCCCUCCCAGUUUCACAGGGUGAGGAGAUUUCUCGGGGCUUUGUUACAAAGAGAAGCAAGACGAGAAAGAGAGACGGUGGUUGGAGGCCACAUCGGUGUUUACCAUGUUGUAAUUCAGCUGGAUUUGAUACAUAUCUUUUUUGAUGCUUUGAUUUUUUGCUGAUUUUGCUAUUUUUGGAUAAAUAAUCGGCACACGUUCGAUGGAAUUAUGUAUUUACAGAAUAGAAGGAGCUCUAUUGUGACGUAUUCGGUGCUUGUGCUGCUGGAGUGUUACUGGGAAGUGGUGUCCGGGCAGCUCUCCUACUCCGUCUCAGAGGAAGUAAACCUGGGGACUUCUGUGGGAAAUAUCGCUAAGGAUCUAAACCUCAAUGUCCAGGAUUUGGAGUCGCGUAUGUUUCAGAUUGUCACCGGAUCCAAGAGAAAGUAUUUCGAGGUAAAUCUAAAGACUGGCAUUCUCUAUGUGAAUGAGAGAAUAGACAGAGAGGAGCUCUGUGUGAAGGCUCCGAAAUGUACAGUCAGUGUAGAGGCCGUUAUAAACAGUCCGUUGAAGCUUUACCGUCUAGAAAUCACUAUUUUAGAUGUUAAUGAUAAUGCUCCGUCUUUUGCUGAAAAAUCACAAAGUAUAGACAUUGCUGAGAGUACAUUACCGGGAGCGAAAUUUUCUCUUUUAGAAGCGUCUGAUGUCGAUGUUGGAAAGAAUACUGUUAGCACAUACAAGCUUAGUCCUAAUGAAUAUUUUUCUCUUGAUAUACACAAAGGAGGAGAGAGUGUGUCUGCUGAGUUGGUGCUGCAGACAGCUUUAGACCGAGAGAAACAGCCUGUUAUUCAGCUCACAAUGACCGCUGUUGAUGGAGGAAAUCCACCGAAGUCUGGCACGUCAGAAAUCAAAAUAAAUGUUUUAGAUAUUAAUGAUAACCGUCCAAUAUUCAGUAGCUCUUUGUAUAAGACUCGUGUUUUCGAGAACGUGCCCAUAGGAACAACAGUAAUAACUGUGAAUGCAAAGGAUAUCGAUGAGGGCACAAACAGUGAAAUAGUGUACUCCCUUAGAACUAAAGGCCAAGAUCAUAUAUUAGAUAGAUUUCAAAUUGAUUCUAAAACGGGAACUAUCACAGUUAAAGGCAAUGUUGAUUUUGAGGAAAGCCCUGCUUUUGAGAUUCAUGCGCAGGCGAGUGACAAAGGCCAGCCCCCAAUGGCAGCUCACUGUAAAGUGUUGGUAGAAGUGGUGGACCACAACGACAAUGCCCCUGAGAUCACUGUGACAUCACUCUUAGACACAGUAAAGGAGGAGGCUAAGGUGGGCACUGCCAUUGCUCUUGUGUCAGUCCUCGAUAAAGAUGGUGGCAAAAAUGGAGUGGUUCAUUGUGAGGUCAAGAAUAAGGCCCCAUUUAAAUUAGAGACAAACUACAAAAACUAUUAUUCGUUAGUGGUUGAUGGGCCUCUGGACAGAGAGAGCGCUUCUCAGUAUAAUGUCACCAUCACAGCUACAGAUGAAGGAACCCCGCCUCUCUCCAGCACCAGCGUUAUUACUGUACACGUUUCUGAUGUGAAUGACAACGCUCCUCGCUUCUCAGAUCCCGUGAUUAAUGUUUAUGUGAAAGAGAACAGUCCGAUAGGAGAUGUCAUUAAAACCGUGUCUGCGCUUGAUUCUGACGUCAAUGAAAAUGGACAGGUGACCUACUCAUUCUUAGAGAGUAACACCAAACCAGUGCCGCUGUCUACAAUAGUCAAUAUAAACUCAGUGACUGGAGAUAUAGUCAGUCUGCAGUCUUUUAACUAUGAGGAGAUCAAAACGUUCUAUUUUAAAGUUCAGGCCACAGACUCUGGUGUUCCUCCUCUCAGCAGCAACGUGACUGUGAACGUUUUUAUCCUGGAUGAAAAUGACAACAGUCCUGGGAUUCUCGCGCCCUAUUCUGAACACGGCUCCGUUAACACUGAGAACAUUCCCUAUUCUGCUGAAGUGGGCUACUUUGUGGCCAAGAUCAGGGCUGUAGAUGCCGACUCUGGCUACAAUGCGCUGCUUUCUUAUCACAUCUCUGAGCCCAAGGGAACCAACCUCUUCCGAAUUGGAACCAGCACCGGGGAACUAAGGACCAAGAGGCGAAUGAGUGACAAUGACCUGAAAACUCACCCGUUGGUCGUGUUGGUUUCUGAUAACGGAGAACCCUCACUGUCAGCGACUGUGUCUAUUGACGUAGUGGUGGUUGAAAGUACAGGUGAAAUCCAGACUCAAUUCAGAAAUGUGCCGAGAAAGGAGGAGAGCUUCUCUGAUUUAAACCUGUAUUUGCUGAUCGCCAUUGCCUCGGUGUCAGUGAUAUUUUUACUGAGCCUCAUCAGUUUAAUAGCUGUAAAAUGCCACAGGACAGACGAGAGUUUCAGAAGGUACAGCGCCCCAAUGAUCACCACACACCCUGACGGGAGCUGGUCUUACUCUAAAUCUACUCAGCAAUAUGACGUGUGUUUCAGCUCAGACACACUGAAGAGUGACGUAGUGGUUGUCCCUGCGCAGUAUCCACCUGCAGAUGCAGAACUGAUCAGUAUCAAUGGAAAUGACACCUUUAAUAGGACUCAAACAUUACACAACAAAGAGAAGGUAAGAUCUAUAGUUUCACUUAAAACACAUAUCCGUUUUUCACCUUUCCUUUACUAAGCAUUUUUUUCUGCUUUGUUGUGCUCCUCAAUGUAUUUGGAUGACAUUGUUUGUUUUGUUGUGCCAUUUGAAUGAACAGUGAAAUGAUAGACAUUUGACUUCAAUAUAGGUUGUAAAAACAGCUGCUAUUGUUCCUCUUUGAAGAGAAAAGUGUUCGCGCUGUCCGUGGUGCUGAAAUGCUUUACCGCUUUUGCCGAUUGUUUGAACUAAUUUAUUAGAAGAGCUGAGCACGGUUUGGUCUCAGUAUUUUCAGUAGAUGUUGCCAUAUAAACAGAACUUACACAGGUGAAAGGAUAUAUUGUUCCCAUCAUGCUUAUCUUUGUGUCUUGGUGAAUGUGGUUUUCUAAAGUGGUGUAAGUGCCAAUAUUACCACGUGGGGCCACUGUUGACCGUGGCAUUGCCACCGUGGCAUUGCGAGUCCGGAGGCCCCUCCCAGUUUCAGAGGGUGAGGAGAUUUCUCGGGGCUUUGUUACAAAGAGAAGCAAGACGAGAGAGAGAGACGGUGGUCGGAGGCCACAUCGGUGUUUACCGUGUUGUAAUUCAGCUGGAUUUGAUACAUAUCUUUUUCGAUGCUUUGAUUUUUGCGGAUAUUGCUCUGGUUGGAUCAGUGCUCCGCACAGGUUCGAUGGAAUUAUGUCUUUACCAAAUAGAAGGAGCUCCAUUGUGACGUAUUUAGUGCUUGUGCUGCUGGAGUGUUACUGGGGAGAGGUGUCCGGGCAGCUCUCCUACUCCGUCUCAGAGGAAGUAAACCUGGGGACUUCUGUGGGAAAUAUCGCUAAGGAUCUAAACCUCAAUGUCCAGGAUUUGGAGUCACGCAUGUUUCAGAUUGUCACCGGGUCCAAGAGAAAGUAUUUCGAGGUAAAUCUAAAGACUGGUGUUCUCUAUGUGAUUGAGAGAAUAGACAGAGAGGAGCUCUGUGAGACGGAUCUUAAAUGUACAGUCAGUGUAGAGGCGGUUAUAAACAAUCCGUUGAAACUUUACCGUCUAGAAAUUAAUAUUAUAGAUGUGAAUGAUCAUGCUCCAUCGUUUAGUGCGAAAUCACAAACUGUUGAUAUCCCCGAGAACACUUCACCUGGGGCGAGGUUUCCUUUACUAUCAGCAUACGACACUGAUGUAG